AUGUUUUGCCUGGCUCUCCCCUUGCACUGUGGUUUUCUGUUUCAUGCGAUUGAAACAUUCAUCAUGGCUUAUUACACAUCCUUACCCCUGGCCAGUUCACAGGGACACUUCCCAAGACUUGAAAAUUUGGGUGCUUUCAAAAACAUUUCCAUUGUGCCAACCCAAGCUACCUGUGGGCUGCCAGACCGGAGUGCUUUUUGUCAAAGUUCUGUUGCUGUUGAAAGUAUUCAGUCCUGUAUUCAGAGAUUUUGCAUUCAAAAGUGUCCAUAUAGAUCAUCACCUGCCUCCUACACUGCCAUUCUCUCAGAAGGCCUGGGCACCUGCAUUACACAAGACAAACAUGAUUUGCAUCCUGGAUCCCCCAGCAGCUCAUCAAGCUUUAUUUUUCGUAACUGGAAGGGAUGCUUUUACACUUCUCGUGCUUGGAGGCUUGGAACUUCAUUUACUUUAACUGUGUGGCUGAAACCUGAAGAGGAAGGUGUAAUGUGCGUGGUAGAGAAAGCUGUUGAUGGCCAGACUGUGUUCAAACUUACCGUCUCUGAGAAAGAGACCAUGUUUUAUUAUCGCACUGUAAAUGGGCUGCAGCCACCGAUAAAAGUAAUGACACUGGGGAGAAUUCCUGUGAAGAAAUGGAAUCAUCUUAGCGUGCAGGUUCACCACACCAAAAUUAGUUUCUUCAUAAAUGGUUUGGAAGAAGACAACACAGCUUUUGAUUCUAGAAGUCUUGUAGGGUUAAUUACAGAUUCCUCUAUUGAUGGUGAAUGGCAAGUUGGACAAAAUGUUAAUGGUUCAGAGCAAUUUGUUGGGAGGAUGCAAGAUUUCAGACUGUACCAAGUGUCACUUACAAACAGAGAAAUUAUUGAAGUAGGGUCUGGAAAAUUUCCUGAACUCCACACUCAGUCAGAAUGCCGUUGUCCUGGUAGUCACCCCAGGGUACAUCCUUUGGUGCCGAGAUAUUGCAUCCCUAAUGGUGCCGAUGACACAACCAAUGACAGAGUGCUUAGAUUAAACCCUGAAGCUCACCCUUUGAGUUACAUCAAUGAUAAUGACAUUGGAACAUCAUGGAUUUCAUCUGUAUUUAGAAACACAGAACAGCUCAACAAUGGAGUUACCAUCACAAUAGACUUAGAAAAUGGACAAUACCAGGUGUUUUACAUCAUACUACAGUUCUUCAGCCCACAACCAGAAGCAAUACAAAUACAAAGGAGAAAACAAAAUGACUUGGACUGGGAAGACUGGCAGUACUUUGCAAGGGAUUGCAGUGUGUUUAGAAUGCUGAACAAUGGGUCACUAGAAAAUCCAGACUCUGUCAACUGUCUCCAGCUUCCUAGCAUGACACCGUAUUCCCGUGGAAAUAUUACUUUCAGCAUUCUCACACCAGAACCAAAUUGUCGGCCAGGGUACAAUGAUUUCUACAAUACCCCUGCACUUCAAGAGUUUGUAAAAGCCACAGAAAUGAAGAUACAUUUAUUUGACCAGUAUCACACCACUGUGCCUUGGGUUAAUUUUAAACAUAGAUACUAUGGAAUAGAUGAAAUUACUAUCAGUGGGAGGUGUAAUUGUCAUGGCCACGCCGAUCUCUGUGACACGAGUGCUAACCCCUACAAAUGUCUUUGCUCCAAAGAAAGCUACACAGAAGGCAACAAUUGCGAUCGUUGUUGGCCACUAUAUAAUGACAAGCCUUUUCAUCCAGGAGAUCAAGUUCAUGCCUAUAAUUGUAAGCCUUGUCAGUGUUAUGGCCAUGCAGUAAGCUGUCACUACAACAGGACAAUGGAUUCUUUUCCUAAUGAACACUACAAAGGGGGUGGUGGAGUCUGUGAUAACUGUCAACAUAAUACCACAGGAAGAAAUUGUGAGCUGUGUAAGGAUUUCUUUUAUCAGCAUGUGGAUGCAGAUCUUUCAGCUGUGAAUGUUUGCAAACCAUGUGAAUGUGACAUGGCAGGCACUAUAACCGCUAGCCACCUCUGUAAUAAGAUUGGAGGACAGUGUAAUUGUAAGAGACAUGUGUCUGGCAGACAGUGCAAUCAGUGCCAGGAAGGAUUCUUCAAUCUGCAACAGUCAAACCAUGAGGGCUGCAGCCCCUGCAACUGUAAUACCUCUGGGACAGUCAAUGGAGAUAUUACCUGUCACCAAAUUUCAGGCCAGUGCAAGUGCAAAGAAAACGUUAUCGGUCUCAGGUGUGAUCACUGCAACUUCCGGUACAAACUCCUUCAAAGUGUUAACAGAGAUGGAUGUGAGCCCUGCCACUGUCACGUCCAUGGCUCCACAAAUGAGUUCUGUAACCCUUUGACUGGCCAGUGUCAUUGCAAGGAAAAUAUCAAAGGACUUCACUGUGAUACCUGCAUUGAUAGUUUUUAUGGGCUGGAUGUUGCUGGAUGUAAGCCUUGUGACUGUAAUGAAAAGGGAUCUAUUCCUGGUACUGUGUGUGAUCCUCAGACAGGACAGUGUAUCUGCAAACCUAACUUUGGGGGAAGGCAAUGUGACGACUGCUUAGAUGGGCACUAUAGAGUGGAGCAAAAAGAUUCUUUAGUCUGCUUGCCAUGUAACUGUGAUAAGGCUGGAACAGUAAAUGGAUCUUUGCUAUGUGACAAAUCGACAGGACAGUGCCUAUGCAAAACUGGUGUCACAGGCUUUCAGUGUGACCGGUGCAUGCCUCAUAUGUACAAUCUCACCCUUGGACACCUUCUUGGAUGUGAGAUUUGUGACUGCGAUCCUUCGGGGACAUUACCAGGAACAGUUUGUGACCAUAUCAAUGGACAAUGUGUUUGCUCACCUUAUCGUCAUGGGAGACAGUGUAAUAAGUGUAAACCAGGCUUUUAUGUUUCUCCGCACAGUGUUAAUGGCUGCCUUCCCUGUUUAUGCCACACAUCUGGGUCAGUGGACGUGGUUGAUUGUGACAGUCACACUGGCCAGUGCAUUUGCCAAGAUUCCUCUGUAGCAGGGAGGAGAUGUGAUCACUGUGGAGCCCUGUAUUAUGGAUUUGACUCUGAAACUGGGAGAUGUCAGCAUUGUAAUUGUCAUCCUGCAGGAGCCAUUAAUGGGACUUGUCAUCCCAUUACUGGACAAUGUGUGUGUAAACAAUUUGUAACUGGCUCAAAAUGUGACAACUGUGUUCCCAAUGCUAGUAAUUUGGAUAUCGACAACCUAUUUGGCUGCAGUAAAACCCCAUCCCAGCAGCCUUCACCAAGAGGACAAGUUCUAAAUUCUUCUGCUAUUCAUCUUUCUUGGAAUCCCCCUGAUUCUCCAAAUUCUAACUGGUUAACUUACAAUCUGUACAGAAAUGGCAGUGGAAUCUAUACAGUGAAGGAACAUUACCCUUACAGCAGCCAGGUCUUCACCGAGAGCUCUUUGUUUCCCUAUACCUUUUAUUCAUAUUACCUUGAGACCAGCAGCGUCCAUGGAUCUACAAGAAGUGCAGCCUUGACUUACAGGACAGAGCCUGGAAUACCAGUAGGAAACUUGCAUUUAAGCUCAGUCCUUCCUGUCGGGCCAUACUCUGUUUCAUUCAACUGGACAGCCUUAUCAAAUGACUCUGGUCCUAUAGAGAAAUAUAUUUUGACAUGUACUUCGUCAAUAGACCUUCAACCGUGUGGCCAGUAUGAAGGCUUAGAAACCUCUGCAACUCUUUGGAAUUUGGUCCCGUUUACAAAAUACAGUUUCGAUGUUCAAGCUUGUACUAGUGGGGGCUGUUUGCAGAGCCAGCCAGUGGCAAUAAUUACUGCACAGGCCCCUCCAGAGGAGCAGCAACCUCCAGUCAUAGACAGCAUCAGUUCAACAGAAUUAUUUGUAGAAUGGUCUCCACCCAAGAAACCAAAUGGUAUAAUUAUUAGGUAUGAACUGUACAUGAAAGGAGUACUACAAUCAAAUGGAAGUUUUGUGCCCCCUGACAGUCGUAUUUUCCAAGCCAGCGGAUGGUACAGUCCUCAUCCAGUGACAGAAUCUGCCAAUGAGAAUGCUUUGACACCACCUCUAACUAGCUCCAAAAUUACUGAUUUGGAACCAUUUACAGAGUAUGAGUUCCGUGUUCUUUCUGUCAACAUGGCAGGGAGCACAUUUUCAAAAUGGACUUCACAGAGGACUGCAGAGGCAGCUCCUGUAUUCAUGCCACCUCCAUCAGUAUUCCCUCUUUCACCAUAUUCUCUCAACGUGUCUUGGGAAAAGCCACAGGAUAAUGAAGCAAGAGGAGAAGUGAUGGGGUACAGCAUCAAUGUAAUUACCGAACAAAAAAUCUUGCCAGUGUUUUCUCAGGUUUUGCAUGUUGCUGAAGCUCAUGAGCAUUCCUACACAGUGACAGGAUUGGAACCAUACAAGAUUUAUUAUUUUACAAUUACUCUCUGCAAUCGAGUUGGUUGUGUCAGCAGUGAACCAGGAAUGGGACGGACUUUAGCAGCCGCUCCAAGACAGCUAAUUGCCCCGCACGCAGAAGGAGUAAACAGUACAGUAAUAAAGAUAAGUUGGAACGGACCUCAAGAACUUAAUGGGCCUCCUCCAACCUAUCAGCUGGAGAGAAUGGAUGCUUCUUUUGCAACAUCAAAUGUAACUGUAGUGAAAGGAAUCCGUUUCGCAGGAAAUGGGUAUUAUAAAUUUCCAGCAUCCACUCUCCCUGCCAACACAUAUUUUACAGGUAUUAAAGUGAGCUUUAGAACUACAGAGCCUGAUGGCCUAAUUCUUUUGUCUGUGUCACCUGGGAAUCAAGAGGAAUAUAUUGCACUUCAAUUGCAAAGUGGACGUCCUUACUUCCUCUUUGAUCCACAGGGAUCUGCUGUAGCAUUAACUCCAGAUAACGAUGGUGGAAGACAAUAUAAUGAUAAUAGCUGGCACCAUAUAACUGCGGUAAGAAAUCAAGCUUUUGGAGCAGUCACAGUGGAUGGGCAGUUCACAGGUUCUUCUUCGGCUACUAGUGGUAGUACCAUCAUCGGAGAGAGCUCAGGAAUUUUUAUUGGAGGACUUCCACAGAAUUUUACAAUCCUAAGAAAAGAUACAGGCGUUACUAAAAUCGUCACAAAAGGCUUUGUGGGUUGUCUCAGAGAUGUGUUUUUGAAAAAGGUACACCAUCCAUAUGAAGUCUGGGAACCUUUACAAUGGCAAGAAGCCACACAACAAAGAAAUGUUUAUCAGAGCUGGGAAGGGUGUCCCAGUGUUCUUGCAAAUGGAGUACAUUUUCUCGGGAAAGGUUUCCUGGAACUCCAUUCAAAUCUUCUUCUUGGUGGCCUGGACAUUGAGGUCUCCUUUACAUUUAAAACAGACCAGCUAAAUGGAUUACUUCUGUUCAUUUACAACAAAGAAGGGCUGGAUUUCCUUGCUGUAGAACUAAAAAAUGGAAUCCUAAGGUUUCUGCUAAAAACCAGCUUUGUCUCUACACACGUGAAUCUCUGGUUAGGAUUGUCCUAUUGUGAUGGAGAUUGGAAAAGGGUUAUUCUGAAAAAAGACGGAUUGGUAGUUUCAGCAAGCGUGAAUGAACUGACAGAGCAGGUGGUGGAACCUGGUUUAGAAGAGCUGAUUGUAAAUUCUCCAGUCUACAUUGGAGGAAUCCCAGAUGAGAUCCAGGAUGCCUUUAAGGAACUGGGAUUACAGGAAGGUUUUGGUGGCUGCAUGAAGGAUGUUAAAUUUACACGAGGUGCUGUCGUUAACUUGGCAUCUGUGUCCAGCAGUGCUGUCAGAGUCAAUCUGGACGGAUGCCUAUCAACUGACAGUGCCGUUAACUGCCGGGGAAAUGACUCCAUCCUAGUGUACCAAGGAAAAGAGCAGAGUGUUUAUGAUAGUGGUCUUCAGCCAUUUACAGAAUAUCUUUAUCGGGUAAUUGCUUCUAACAAAGGAGGAUCUGCGUCUAGUGCCUGGAAUCGUGGCCGCACAAGGGAAUCAGUCCCACAAAAUGUGCCAAGACCCUCAAGAGCUCACAGUAUAAAUGGUUACAGCGUUGAGGUUACCUGGGACGAACCAGUUGGGGUCAUAGGUGUAAUUGAGAAGUAUAUUCUGAAAGCUUCCGGUGAAGAUGGUUCCAGCAUAUCUCCUGUCACUACAGAGAUUUCCGAUACAAGCACACUCACAGGCACACUGACAGGCUUGCGGCCCUUCACAACGUAUGCUGUAACCCUAAUGGUUUGCACUUUGGCUGGCUGUACUGAAAGCUCACAUGCCUUGAACAUCUCCACUCCACAAGAAGCUCCACAAAAUGUCCACCUACCUACAGCUAUCUCAUUCCCCACGUCUUUACUACUGAGUUGGAGUCCACCAAAAAGACCAAAUGGGAAUAUAACACAAUAUUAUUUAUAUAUGGAUACUCAACUGAUUUAUACUGGAAAUGACACCAAACAUAUUGUCAAGGAUUUAAGAGCUUUUACGGCAUACCCAUUUCUCCUCACUGCUUGCACAAUUGUUGGCUGUACAAACAGUUCCCAGGUCACCUUGCUUACCGCACAACUUCCACCGGCUCAUGUGGAGGCUCCAAUCCUGACAAUUUUGGAUUCUGCAACAAUCUGCGCACAGUGGAAAGAGCCAGAGGAAUUAAAUGGAAUUCUACAAGGCUACAUUCUGUACAUUGCUAACAAAGAGAAAAAUAUUACUGUUUGGAAUCUAAUCUACAACAGUACAGAUCUUUCUAGAGACUAUACUAUACGACACCUUUCCCCGGGUACUGAAUACCUCAUUAAACUAGCAGCCUGCACUGGAGGUGGAUGUACGAUAAGUGAAACUGCCUCCGCAAUAACAGCUGAGAGUACACCAGAAGGUGUUUCUGCUACUGAAGUCCAGUCCUAUUCCUCUGACUCCUUUAACAUCUCAUGGACUAAGCCAGAGUACCCGAAUGGAAUUAUUACUAGUUAUGGACUGUAUGUGAAUGGCAUUCUGGCACAGAACUCUUCGCAGCUCAGCUAUUAUAUUUCUGGACUCUCUCCCUGGAGUCUGCAUUCCUUCAGAGUUCAGGCAUGUACUGCAAAAGGCUGUGCUCUUGGCCCACUGGUUGAAGCUCGUACAGUUGAAGGUGUACCUGAAGGAAAAAUUGAAGUAUUUGUCAUUCAUGAUGGACCAAGAACAGUUCAAGUAAAAUGGCUUCCUCCACAUAAGCCAAAUGGAUUGCUAACCUAUGCUGUUCUUCUAACUGGCUUCUUCUAUACUGAUGAAGCUAGUGGCAAUUAUACUAUAUUAAAUGGCACACAAAUUGGACAUAUCAGUAAAGAAGCAAAUACCUGGGUGCCCAUUGGAGGAUUAAUCCCUUAUUCAGACUAUACCAUACAAGUGAAUGCUUCCAAUAGUCAAGGCUUUGUGAUAAGUGAUCCAGUAACAAUUGCCAUACCUCCUGGGGCUCCAGAUGGCAUGUUGCCUCCAAGGCUUUCAUCUGCCACACCGACCAGUCUUCAGGUUGUCUGGUCUACACCAGUUCGGAACAAUGCUCCAGGCUUACCCAGCUACCGACUCCAACUGAGACCCAAGCACUCCCCAGAAGACAUUCUGGAGUUGCUUUCUGAGCCUUCGGCUUCUUUAAACCAUCUAGUCAUGUAUCUGCAGCCAUACACCACAUAUGAGAUGAGGGUGAUUGCCUGCAAUGGAUAUGGUGAUACAUACAGUGAAUGGACUUCAGUGGUUACAGAAGAAGACAAGCCAGGUCCUAUGGACCCACCACUCAUGUUGGAUAUUAAAUCCAGAACUGCAACAAUAUCCUGGCAGCAUCCAUCACAGCCAAAUGGCAUUAUAACCCACUACAACAUUUACCUAAAUGGCCAGCUGGAGACUACCAUUCCAGGCAACAGGUCCAAAUGCACUGUACGUAAUUUGCAUCCUUACACAGUGUACCAGUUUCAAGUAGAAGGCUGCACGUCAAAAGGAUGUUCCAUUUCUCCUGAGAGCCCACCCGUUCAGACUCUUCCAGAUGCACCUGAAGGCGUCCUUGCUCCAGUGCUAUAUUCUGACACUCCAACAUCCGUGCUAGUAUCAUGGCAGCCUCCGCUUCAGCCAAAUGGAUUGGUGGAAAACUAUGCAAUAGAGAGAAGAGUGAAAGGAACAGAACAAAUAUCCACUGUUGCCUCCUUGCCCUUCAACCAUUCGGCAAGAUACCUUGACCAAAGUCCUGCUCUUAGCCCUUGGAAGAAGUAUGAGUACAGAAUAUUGGCAAGUACUCUUAAAGGGGCCGUUAACAGUAGUGCUUGGGCAGAAGUUACCACCAAGCCCUCAAGACCUGCAGGUGUCCAACCUCCUGAGGUGGAAGCAUUAGGACCAGAUAUGGCACAGGUUUCAUGGAAGCCUCCUUUGAUCCUGAAUGGAGAAAUACUCAGUUAUGAGAUUCGCAUGCCAGACCCUCGAAUCACCCUUACCAGCAACCUGUUGUCGUCAAUGAAUCAUAUAAUAACCAAUCUGAUCCCUUUCACAAACUACUCAGUCACCAUAGUAGCUUGCUCUGGAGGUGGUGGCUACAUUGGAGGAUGUACAGAGAGUCUCCCUACCCACAUGACUACCCAUCCAAUGCUUCCCCAAGGCAUUAGUCCAUUGUCUGUGACUCCAAUUAGUGAGUCAUUUAUUGUUGUUUCCUGGCAACCACCAUCCAGGCCUAAUGGACCCCAUAUAAGAUAUGAGCUCCUGAGACGUAAAAUCCAGCAGCCACUUGCAUCAAAUCCCCCUGAAGAUUUAAAUCUCUGGCACAAUAUUUACUCAGGAAGUCAGUGGUUUUAUGAAGAUAAGGGUCUUAGCAGUUAUACAACAUAUGAAUAUAAACUCCUAGUACUCAAUGAAGUAGGAUAUGGAACUAGUGAGCCAGUGGUCGCUUCAACAUUGGCUGGUUUUCCAAAGAAGGGGAGUGAAGUUACAGCCCAACCUCUUAACCAUACUGCUAUAGAAGUGGAGUGGACGACCCCAACUGUGCAAAAUUUACAGGGAAGCAUUGAAUAUUACAUCCUCUUUUGGAAUUCCACUGCCCAUGAGAACUCCAGGAAGAUUCCUCCCAGUGAAAACCAUACUGUCAUUGGCGAAUUGAAUCCUAAUACCGAGUAUCAGAUUUUGCUUCACGUUUUCAAUGGGGUUCACAGCAUCGCAAGUGAGGUGGUGUGUGUGACUACGUUAGAUGGAGCGCCGGAGGGCAUGUUCCCUCCAGAGGUUGUCAUCAUCAACAGUACAGCUGUACGUGUCAUCUGGACGUCGCCUUCAGACCCAAAUGGUGUUGUCACAGAGUAUUCUGUCUAUGUAAAUAAUAAGCCGUACAAAACCGGAAUGAACGAACCCGGGUCUUUUCUUUUAGGAGAUUUGUCUCCAUUCACUAUUUAUGAUAUACAGGUUGAUGUCUGUACAGUGUAUGCCUGUGUGAGAAGUAAUGGAACCCAAAUUACAACUGUGGAGGAUGAGCCAAAAGAGAUAUCAGCGCCACAGAUUCACGUCCUCGGUGCAAGGUCACUUCAGAUCAACUGGGCAUCUCCCGGAAAACCCAAUGGCAUUAUCUUAGGAUAUGAUCUGUUGCGCAAAGCUCUGCGAUGGUGCACUGUGGCACAGCAGCUACCGAUCCACCAAACUGCAGGGACAUGUGUACCCCUGGAAUGUGAUAUCCAUGAAAAUGUCUGUGGAGGUCUAUGUUAUAAUCCACAGUUUAAGGUGUGUUGUGAUGGGAUUCUGUACAACAAUACACCUGGUUUCCAGUGUUGUGAGGAUAAGUACAUCCAAGCUAUUAGUACAUCAGUCAUUUGUUGUGGUGGCCAGAUGCAUGGUGCUCAACCAAACUAUCAGUGUUGUGGUGGCUAUUAUACAAGAGUUUUGGCAGGAGAAGUAUGCUGCCCAAACGAAGAACAAAACUGGAUCUCUGUUGGGACCGGGGAAUCUUGCUGCCAGGGAACUCCUUACUCCACAUCAGGAAAUCAAAUAUGUUGUGGUGGAUCACUUCAUGAUGGCUUCAAUCACCAGUGCUGUGGUGGGGAAAUUGUAAGCAAAGACCUGAUCUGUUGUGGGGAUGAAGACAAAGGAACAGUCCACAGACCUACAACAGGGAUGUUCUGUUGUGGGCAUGAAUAUGUGAAUAUGUCAAGUACCAUAUGCUGCUCAACUUCCAGUGGUGAGUCUAAAGCCCACAUUAAAAGGAAUGACCCAGUGCCAUUAAAAUGCUGUGAGACUGAACUUAUUCCAAAGAGCGAGGAAUGUUGUAAUGGACUUGGAUAUAAUCCUUUGAAAUAUGUUUGCUCUGACAGGAUUUCAGCAGGAAUGAUGAUGAAGGUGGAAGAAGAAUGCAAAGCUAGUUUCCUGUGCCCAGUGUCCAUGGAAGCAACAGCAUACUGUGGGCGAUGUGACUUUGACCCACAUGCCCGUAUAUGUGCUUGGAUAAAGAGCUCCUGGAAUGACACAGACAAGAAAGGGAAUGAAGGUAUAUGCCCAACUGUGGAGGAAAAAGUUUAUACCGGAGGUCCAACUCAAUAUUCAUUCACAGAUCUAAACCUACAACCUUACGUCAAAUAUGAAUACCGUGUAGCUGCAUGGAACAAACACAGAAAAGGUUUCAGUGAACCUGGUAGUGCUGCUACUAAGCAGGAUGUGCCUGAAGGUAUAAGUCCACCCCAGUGGGCCAAAGUGGACAAUCGAGAAGACAUGAUAUUUCUCAACUGGAAAAAGCCUCUGCAACCAAAUGGUAUCAUAAUCCACUACAUUAUUCUCCGAAAUGGGAUUGAGCGUUUCAGAGGAAAGGAACUGAGCUUCACAGACACUGGUGGUAUUCAGCCAUAUCAGGAGUAUUCAUAUAAGUUACGAGCAUGCACUGUUGCUGGCUGUGCAGACAGUAGCAAGGUAGUCGCAGUCACUGUCCAAGGAGUCCCAGAGAGUGUUCAGCCACCAGCAGUUACAGCUUUGAGUGCGACGGCAUUGCAUUUGAGUUGGAUGGCACCGAGGAAACCAAACGGCAUCAUCAGAGAAUACCAGAUCAGUCAAACUGGCAGAGGCCUUAUUCAUACUGAUGUGGCAGGCAGGAUGCAGCAUACAGUAUCAGAUCUUCAACCACACAGAAACUACAGCUUUAUAGUCACAGCAUGUACAUUUGCUGGCUGCUCUUCUAGUCGGGCAAGUUCAGGUAGAACAUUGCAAGAUGCUCCUCAUGGAGUAUGGUCGCAACCACGUCACAUCAUAGUUAGUUCUACAAUAGUGGAAUUGUAUUGGGAUGAACCAGAAAAACCAAAUGGAAUUAUUUCUCAGUAUCGAUUACUUCGGAAUGGAGAAGAGAUUUUCAAGGGUGGCAAAGGAAGUCUAAAUUUUACUGAUUUUGGCCUCCAUCCAAACAGCAGAUAUGUUUACCAACUAGAAGCAAGCACAUGGGUUGGUAGCAAUGCUAGUGACAAAUAUGUUGUCCAAACCCCAGUAGCAACACCAGAGGAAAUUCCUGUCCCAUAUAACCUCACUGUAAUAGAUGCAUACUCCAUAUUCGUAGCUUGGCACAGUCCUGGAUUGUUUAAGACCAAUGUGCCUUUGAAAUACAACAUAUUACUAAAUGCUGGUAGUAUCUCACCACUUAUAAAAUCAGUUGGACAGCCAAAUUUUGCUCUUUUGAAUGGUCUGGAUCCGUACACGCAGUAUGAGAUAAGGAUACAAGCCUGCCAGAAUGUUGGCUGUGGAGUUGGUGAACGGGCAUAUGCAAGGACUUUUGAAGCACCUCCGAAGGAAUUGAGUCCACCUGUAGUUACAGCCACUGGAUCAACAUCUAUUGAAGUAAAAUGGUUACCACCUAAGAAAUCCAAUGGAAUAAUUAGAAACUACUUCAUUUACAGGCGUCCUGUGGGCACUCAAGAGGAACUGCUUAUCUUCAUUUGGUCUGAAGGUGCUUUGGAAUUUAUUGAUGCUACUGACAUACUUCAGCCAUUCACAGAGUAUGAAUAUCGCAUCAGGGCUCAGAAUUCCAAGGGGUCUGUAGAUAGCCCAUGGUCUUCAACACAGACUCUUGAAGCUCCACCUUGGGGCAUGAAAGCUCCCUGGGCCCAAGCUAUUAGUGCUUACUCGGUGCUACUAAAUUGGACCAGCCCAACUUCUUCUAAUGGUGUUAUUUCUCAAUAUCAAGUUGUCCAUCAAGAGAGUCAGAGUGACCCAACCUUUCACACCCCAGCUGUUACUGCACUGACUGUACCGGGAACAGUGCAUCAAACUCACUUGUUUGGCUUGAAGCCGUUUACAACCUACCACAUUCAUAUUGUUGCUGUCAACAAUGCUGGGCAAGUUUCGAGUCCCUGGACUUCAGUGCGCACCCUGGAAGCCGCCUCGAGUGCCUUGGGCAACUUUACAGUGGAAAAGAAAGAGAAUGGCAGGGCACUGUUACUUAAAUGGGAAGAACCUUCUAAACCGAAUGGUAUAAUUAAGACCUACAAUAUUUUCAAUGAUGACAGCCUCGAAUACAGUGGUUUGUCUCGGCAGUUCCUCUUCCGACGCCUUGAGCCAUUCACUCUGUACACUCUGGUCCUCGAGGCUUGCACCGGAGCCGGCUGCACUCGCUCUUCACCCCAGCCAGUCUGGACAGAUGAGGCCCCUCCUGAAUCUCAGAUGGCACCAAUAAUCCAGUCAGUUAACGCAACCAGCAUUGAACUAAGCUGGUCUAAACCAAUUAAUUCAAAUGGGAAAAUAAUACGCUAUGAAGUUAUUCACAGAUGCACCAAAGAAGAUGCUUCAGGGAACAAUGCAACAAUAGGAGAAGAGAAAAUUGUUUUCACAGAAUAUAACACUGGGAAUAAUUCAUUUGUGUAUAACAUUCAGCAUUUGCAGCCGUGGACUAGAUAUGAAUAUAAAAUACGUGCCUGGAAUUCAGCAGGCUAUACGGAUAGCUCAUGGUCGGCCGCAAAGACUAGUCAAGCUGCCCCAAAGGGUUUGGCUGUGCCAGUCUUGCAAUAUAUACCUGCAAGCCCUGACAAAAUGUUGGUUUUGUGGUCUCCCCCAGAAGAGCCCAAUGGUAUUCUGCAGUCAUACAGACUCCAGAGAAAUGAUGUUCCCUAUCCUUUUAGCUUUGAUGCCACUGUUUUCAACUACACUGAUGAAGAGUUACUGCCGUAUUCAGUCUACCACUAUGCAGUAACGGCUUGUACCAUGGGAGGCUGCUCCACCAGUGACCCAACAAGCAUACAGACUCUAGAAGCAGCUCCAGUAUUUGUGAAUCCUCCCUCUCCGGAAGAUAUUAGCGCCACCCAAAUUAACAUGUCCUGGUCACCCCCUCAAAUUCAAAAUGGUGAAAUCACCAAGUACAUUUUAAAAUUGAACGGUGAUGAGAUCUAUGUUGGGAAGAGUUUGUUCAGGACAGUGUUGAAUCUACAGCCUUACACGAAAUAUGAGAGCACACUGGUUGCUUGUACUAACGGAGGCUGCACAGCUAGUGAACCUCAGUCUGUAUGGACAGUGGAGGCCCCACCACUUAAUAUGGAAGCCCCCAAGUUGCUAGUGACAGGUUCGGAGUCAAUAGAAAUCACAUGGAAGGCUCCUGCCAAUCCAAAUGGUAAAAUCCAAAGUUAUGAACUGAGAAGAAAUGACAUGCUGGUUUAUUCUGGUCUGGAUACUCGUUAUCAUGACUUUAUGCUAACUCCAGGAAUAGAAUAUAGCUACGCUGUUACUGCAAACAACAGCCAAGGCAGUGUAACCAGUCCAGUAGCCAAAAUUAGAACCAACCCCUCUGCACCAUCUGGAAUGCUACCUCCUAGACUUCAAGCAUGGUCCUCAGGGUUAAUUUUGGUCAGCUGGGAUCCUCCAGCAAAAGUCAAUGGUGAUAUAAGCAAUUACACAAUCACUGUUCGGGAUCCUAUGGAACUGGCAAAGAAAACUGUUCCUGUGGACUCAUCUCAUGUUUCCUUUAGAAGAAGGUCUUACACUGCAGAAGAACUAAAACCCUGUCACAGGUAUGAAGUCCAAGUGCAAGCUUGCACACUCCUGGGUUGCACUUCCAGUGAAUGGGCUUCUGUGCAGACUCUGGAAGCGCCUCCUGAAAUCCAGCCAGCCCCUCUAAUAGAAGUACAGUCAAACAGCAAUGGAUUCCAAUGUGUUCUUUCCGUGGUAUGGACAGGCCCAAAGAAGCCAAAUGGAAGGAUCUUGUAUUAUGAGCUUUACCGAAGACAGGCAACACCCAGCCAACUAAAUGUAGACUUGGUACUUGUGUACAAUGGCUCAUCCACAUCCUUCAAAGAUGCCAAGCUCCUGCCUUUCACGGAGUAUGAAUAUCAGGUUUGGUCAGUUAACUCUGCCGGCCGAGCUGCUAGCAGUUGGACCCAAUGUAGGACAGGCCCAGCCCCUCCUCAAGGCCUUCAUGCACCUCAGUUUGGUACAGUAGCUUCGACUUUAGCUGUGGUGAACAUCAGCCCUCCACUUAAGCCAAAUGGAAUAGUCAGUCUCUAUAGGCUAUUUUCCAAAAAUACUAAAGGGAAUGAUGUGGUGUUGUCUGAGGGGACUGCCACCCAGCAAACAAUCCAUGGACUUAAGCCAUUUACUACCUAUUCUGUUGGAGUAGAGGCCUGCACCUGUUUCAAUUGCUGCAGCAAAGGACCUGUGGCAGAACUCACCACUCAGCCAGCUCCACCUUCACUACAGCCACCUCCCUAUGUACAUAGUGUGACCUCAAGGAAUGCUUCUUUUAAAUGGGAUAAACCGCAGGAACCCAAUGGCAUUGUUCGAAGGUAUGAACUCCACAUGUAUAUGUCCUGCCCUCCCCAUUUACAGCGAAUAGAAAGGACUUGUAAACCUGGUCCUAUUGAAGUGAAGUACACAGGAAAUGGCCAGAGUUCCAACGUGAGUGAUCUACAGCCUUACACGACAUACUCCCUGAGAGUCGUGUCCUACAAUUCAGUUGGCAGCAGUACUUCAGAAUGGAUUACCUUGGUUACCAAAAAAGAGGUACCCCAGUACAAAGCUCCAUUUACAGUUGUCAGCAAUUUAUCCACAAUCUACCUUGACUGGAGUCACACCUUCCUUCUGAACGGACAGCUGAAGGAAUAUGUGCUAAUGGAGGGAGGGCAGCGCAUCUACAGUGGCUUUGACACCUGGCUGUAUUUGCCAAGGACAUCUGAGAAAACCUAUUUGUUUCAGGUAUCAUGCACCACUGAUGAAGGUAGUGCCAUAACACCAGUGAUCAAGUACAACACAGCUACAGGUCUUAGUCCUGUGUUAACAACCCCAGGAGAAAAGGAGGAAGCAGAGAAAAGGCAGGCAGCGUUCUACACAGAGCUCUGGUUUGUGGCACUUAUGGCCAUCCUAGGCUUGAUCCUUCUGGCAGUGUUUCUGUCACUCAUUCUGCAAAGGAAAAUAAGUAAGCAGCCGUAUGCAAGGGAAAGACCGCCUUUAAUUCCACUUCAAAAGAGGAUGUCACCGAUGGUGGUCUACUCACAAGGAGAAACACAUAUGGGACUGGCAGAUACUAAAAUUCCAGGACCAGCUUCUCCUAUGAGCACUCGUAGCAAUCAAAGUGCUUCAGUUCCCCGGGUACCGAGCCAAAGCCAGAUACAUCGCACUUACUCCCAGGGCUCCUUGCAUCGAAGUGUCAGUCAGCUUAUUGAUGUCUAUGACAAGAAGUCUUUAAUAGAAGAUUCUGUUUGGGAUACCAUUAUCCAAGGCCAUGACAGUGGCAUGUAUGUGGAUGAUGAAGAUCUUGUGAGUGCUAUUAAAGGCUUCAGUACUGUCACAAAAGAACAUACGACGUUUACUGAUACACACUUGUGAGUCACA